AUGACAUCAACAUCCACUACAUCAACGACUGUGACUCCAGCCUCAGAGACAGUGACGUCAGCCUCAGAGACAGAGACACCAACAGAGACAACAAAGACAAAGACAAAGAUAAAUACAAAGACAAAGAUAGAGAGAAAACAAUAUAAUAAUGGAGAUAGGGAUGUUGGAAAGGCAUUCUUUAAUCAACGUAAAGAGACAUUGUUGGAUAUGUUACACGAGCAUUCAAAGUGUACAAACUGUUGGUUCUUGACAUCAUUGUGCAUCUGUAACAAGUUGACGCCACUCUCACUCAGACAUCGUUACAUCACACUAUUCCAUCACAAAGAGUGGACAAGAGUUAGCAACACUGGCAAGCUUAUAACAUUAUCAUCAAAUAGAUAUUACUAUGAUCAACAACAACAAUCGCAACAACAAGUUCAACUAGCUGAAGGUGGAGAAGUUGCAAAGAAGAAGAAGGCUGUGUUUGGUGCAAGACCUGCCCUCAACUUGUUGGACCCAAGCAAUGGCAAUGAGACAUCAAAGUUGUUGGUGAUGGGUAUCGAGGAGGAUGAGUUGGCGCUCAAACAGUUCUUUGAGACAUGCGAUCAUAGUCGUUGCUUUGUCUUGUUCCCAACACAAGACUCAAUCGACAUCUCAGAGUACAUUGAUCUACAUCGCGAGGCCAAGUCCACGACCACGACCACACCCGCCACACAAACACUCAAUGACGACGAGGCAACACAAGACCAAGACAACGAUGAUGAUGAUGACAUUAUAUCAAUCUCAGACUCAUUGAGAGAUAUUAGAUUGGAUGAGCAAGUGUUGGCGGAGCUACCUCAGUUGACGAUGAUCAUAUUGGAUGGAACAUGGAGCCAGGCCAAGAAGUUGGCCAAGCACAUCCCCGAUGAUAUCAAGCGUGUCAGGUUAACGUUUGGCGACAAGAAGUUAAAGUCAAUGUAUAAUGCUCUGAGGAAACAGCCAGCAGUCGACAGGAUAUCCACGCUGGAGGCUGCCGUCCUGGGCAUGAAGAACAUUGGCGAGAGCGAAGAGGUCUGUCAGCAACUGAUCCAUUCAUUCCGUAUAAUGAUCGAUCAACUAUUAUUACAGAAUGGCAACAAGGAUGGAGUGAAGCGCAAGACAUGGGUAGGUGACAAGCCUGCUGUAGUGGUCAAGUAA